GAGCCUGGGUCAAGGUCUUGCCAUCUCCAGAGCUCCAGGAAGGCCAGGCUGUGGUCCUGAGCUGCCAGGUGCCCACGGGGGCCCCUGAGGAGUCCUCAUACCUCUGGUUUCGGGACGGCCAGCCCCUCCAUGAGUCAACCUCAGCCACGCUGCGCAUUGCAGCCAUUACUCCGAAGCUUGCUGGCGCCUACCAUUGCCAAGUUGAGGCCCCAGGCUCAGCUACCAGCCUCGCUGCCCCCAUCAGCCUGCAUGUGUCCUAUGCCCCACGCCAGGCCACACUCACCACCCUGAUGGACAUGGGCUCAGGACGACUGGGCCUCAUCCUGUGCCAUGUGGACAGUGACCCUCCAGCCCAGCUACGACUGCUCCACGGAGACCACCUGGUAGCCUCCACCCUGCAAGCUCUGGAGGAAGACUCAAGCAGCGAUCCCCGGCUACGUGUGUCCGUGACAGCCAACACACUGCGCCUGGAGAUCCACAACACAGUGCUGGAAGAUGAAGGCACCUACACCUGCGAGGCCACCAACUCCCUGGGGCAGGCCUCAGCUUCGGCUGACUUUGAUGCCCAGGGUCAGUGUGUGU